GGCGCCAUCGGCGGCUGCCGGGAAGGGAAGUCAGCAAUCGGCCGUGGAGCAGCACGAUGAGUGCUCGCAGCGCGUUUUAGGCCAAGUCUCGCACCGAUUUGCGAGAAAGCAUCGAAGGGGAACAUCGAAAGUGUCAGCCGGGUGGCGCGAGUCGCGAGUGUCGGGUCGGCUUUGCGGCUCUCAGGUGACGUGGAUAUUCACGGGCCUGGCGGCCGCUCGAGGGGCCUUUUCUUCGCCGCCUCGAGAACAGGAUUUACCAUCCGUCGCACCGCUCGCGUCGCAGGAAUUUUCGUCAAGGAAGAUUUCACGUCCUAGGUUAAGAUGUCACACCACAGCGACGACAAUAUGCUUAUAGCAACCUCGGAUUCCUUUUGGGAGCCGGGGAACUAUAAACGCACCACAAAGAGGAUCGAGGACGGCCAUAAGCUGUGCGACAGCCUAAUCGCCCUCGUGCAGGAAAGAGCAGAAAUCGAAAAGAAUUACGCGAAAGCUCUGAAAGGAUGGUCCAAAAAUUGGAACGAUAAAAUCGAAAAGGGCCCGGAAUACGGGACGACGGAGGCUGCGUGGAAAGGCGUCCUGGUGGAGGCCGACAGAUUAUGCGACUUGCAUCUCAGGGUAAAGGAGAAUCUCUGCAACGACAUUAUACACCAAGUCAAGACGUGGCAAAAAGACACGUACCACAAGUCCAUGAUGACUCUGAAGGAACGGAAGGAAAUGGAGGAUGCCUUCAAAAAGGCGCAAAAACCCUGGGCGAAACUUCUGCAAAAAGUCGAGAAAGCCAAGAUGGAGUACCACAACAGCUGUAAAACCGAAAGGACCGCGGCUAAUAUGGAACGGAACGCGUUAGCUGACAGUUCUCUGUCACCGGAUCAGAUGGCCCGAGGCUCCGAAAACAAAGCACUGCUGGUGAAGAAGAUGCAGGACAGGUUGCAGAAGACCAAGGAGGAGGUGCAGAAGGCCAAGGAGAAGUACGAGGCCGCUUUGCAGGAGAUCAACCAGUACAACCCUAAGUACAUGGAGGACAUGACGCAGGUCUUCGAGAAGUGCCAACAAAUGGAGGCUCAGAGACUUCAAUUCUUCAAGGACGUGCUCUUCGGGAUUCAUAAAUGCCUGAAUAUCUCCCAAGACACCGUGCUUCCACAAAUAUACGAAGAGUUCUACCACACGGUCAAUAAUGCAGACCAUGAUAAGGAUCUGAAAUGGUGGUCCAACAACCAUGGCGUCAAUAUGGCCAUGAAUUGGCCCCAAUUCGAGGAUUACACGGAGGAGUUCCGUGACAUCACCAAGGGCUCCAAAUCGAAGGAGGCGUUGCCUGCUGGGUCCAUCACUUUGAUCAACCAGCGACCGGUUGGCGAGGAUCUGCAUGAAUUCCCCCCUGUGAAUCACAAGUCAAAGGCAAAGCCCGCCGGUCGGGUGAUAUCGACAGAUCACGGAGACGACAAAACCGACGCCAUUGUUGGAUCCGGAAAACAGAAUUCCGAAAAGAAUAGCCACGAGAGCAGUACGGUCAACAGGACUUCCACGAUCACGAAUGGAACUGGUGCCAAACAAGAAUCGAAUCCCUUCGAAGAGGAAGAAUGGGACGAGGAUGGUGGAGAACCUUUGGUAGACGACGGAGAACCCGGAGUUCCCGUCAGAGCAUUGUACGAUUACGAAGGUGCCGAAGCUGACGAGCUCAGUUUCAAACAAGGUGACAUCUUCGAGAAGCUAGAGGACGAAGACGAGCAGGGUUGGUGCAAGGGCAGGAAGGACGGAAGGGUCGGCCUCUAUCCGGCAAAUUACGUGGACCUAGUGUCACAGUAAUAAAAAGGACCUAAAAGCCAAAAGGUUGGAGAAACGCAUUAUGUCUAAUCUCGAUCGUCGCCGAUGGUCGAUGAAAGAAAAAAAAAAAUAAGAAAUCGGUUAACCGUAGUUCGUUAUCGAGAACGACUUAAAAGCUGUCCUCUCGUGUAACCCUUUCGGUUCCACCACCGACUGGGGUACUAUUUUCGUAUACAUUUAUGUAUGUACCGAGGUACAUAUAUACCUAUGUGUGGAAUAAUAAUACCCAGGAUUCGGAUAUUCCGAAGAGAUAUAUCCUGGAACAGAGAUACACGAGAUCCCCUGUGACAGUACGGAGGUUUAUUUUCUACGAGAGAAGGGAACGGAGAAAUAAGAGAAGAAAAAAAAGAAAAAAAAAAGGAAACCCGAGAGACAGCGUGAGUGUGCGUGAGAGUAAAAAAAGAAAAAAAAGUGAGCGCAUGGAUGUCAAAAGAUAGAGAUAAAGAAAGGACGAGAGAGAGACUAUUUACAAUCCGAUUUGGAUGUGCUACCCAGGGGCGAGAUUAGGCAUUUUUCGAAAUUCUACGAAUUGCGUCCGGUGACACCUCUCCUUAUCAACGAAAUCCCAUUAAUUUACUCGUUAUUUCCGUUGCCUCGAUUGUUCCGACCCGACCGUUAUUAUUUUUUUAGAUGGCUAGAUUAGGUAAAAGGUCCAUCCGUAGUAUUAGGAGAGAGUAAGAUGGACCCGUGCGUCGAUUGUAGAGUUUCGAAAGAAGGCCGCGCCGCCCUCGUGACUCCGGACUAUUGUUAACACUCUUUGGCCGAACCGACGAGAAUUUAUUUAAUUUAUUGUUAUUAAAAGUACUAUUAAAAUGAAAAGAAAGAAUCUAACGUAUAUAUUAUAUAUAUAUUAUAUAUAUCUUGAAUGGUGUAACUGUACAUAGUACUAUAUGUCGUUAAAAGUUGAGCGACUCUGCAAGUUCGUUCGACGUAUGAUCGUUCAAUGCGUGAAGUAGUAUGAGAUACAACGCCACGUAUUGAAAUUGUCCCCCGAUAGUCUAUCGCAUUAAAAACAUCACAUUCUCUGUGCAUCAUUCGCGGAUUAUCGUUUCGCUUUGCAUACCUUAAUUGCAAAAUUAAAAUCAUUUUAGGUCAUUACAUCGGUAGAAAAGGUUUCGGUGACGUGAUCGGAGUUCCCCUAUGUUCCGUGAGUAGCGCUCGCAUCGUUAGAUCAGCGAAAAUCUGAGAUGCUGGGUCCCGAUUCUGACUUUCUGCAGAACCGACUAUUGGCGUUAUCUCUCCUUAUACUACUUCAUGGUUAAACGAUAAUAGAAAUGCAUGUGCAUCGAUCGGCAGGAUCGGCAGGAUCCGCGAUGCGUCCGACGUCGCUUAUUAAAAGUGGCGGUCAAAGCACAUCUCUUGCGAUUCGAAGGGAAAACAAAUAAAGUGUCAGGGCCUACAAAGCGCAGAAAUGCGUGCACCUUCUAAGGCUAGCAUGUUAGGGCUCUGUAUUCUUGGGACGACCGAAGUUCUUCGUUGAUAACGACGUAUAAUCCGGAGAGAUACUCAAAAUGGCGUGCAAGGGAACGAUUUCGAUUAGGGAUUCCAUUCAAUAAACACCAUAAGAACGGGGAAUCAUGUCGGACGAGAUAAGAACGAGGAUUUUCCGGGCGUUUAUCAGGAAAGGGUCACUCGAGAUAACGACGUAAACGUAGCGUUAAGUCAGGCCAGAUUUUGAGAGCUCUGAUAUCCAAGCCCUAGAUAUUUCUAUUGUUUAUCGGUAAUCGAAGUACGAGAAAGAGGAUACAUCACGUAUUUACGGCAAUUCAUCGAGAAGUAUACCGGAAUCUUGUAAAGUGUCCACACGUGUGCUGUAUACUUGUAUAGUAUGUACCGAUCGCGCGCGCCAUUUUGUUUCUUUCCUUUCUUCCCGAUAGUUCAUCGAAUCCUGAGAUAUUUCUCCGUCAUAUCAUUUCGAUAGCGUGCCACAGCUUUCCUAUGUAUAUAGUUUUCACUUUCAUCAAGGCUAAAAGGAACGCUGGAAGUGCGCAUAGAGAGAGUCGAAGGGAGAAAAAUAGCUCGUUUCGAUUUGUCAUUUCGAGAAAAAAGGGUGAGUCUUCGAUAUCUCCUCCGAAAGGGGAGCUUAAAGUACGACUAGUACUGUACAAAGUCGAAGAAAUUUAACUCUAAUUAUUUAAUUAAACGAUUACUUAAAUUAUAAUCCCCAUCGGUCGAAGUAGGUUGGAUCAGUUUUGCAGAAGGAAACAUUCGAAAAUCGUUUAGGAUAUAGUUUUCCCGAUGGUAUUCCAAUUGUUCGAUAUGAAAAAAGUUGACGUCAGUUUUGUUAUGACUUGUCGGAGAGCAUUAUUUUGUUGAAGAGAAUAUGUAUACACGCGAAGGAUGUAGAUCCUUGGAAAAAAAAUGUUGCGAUAGAUUUUCAAGUCUUCGAAGAUAGUGGUGUGUAUUAGAUGCGAUAAAAGGAGAGGAGAGUUCGAGAGAAAAAAAACAAAACGACCGGUUAGGUUCUAUUUUCCACCGUUGAUUACUUAAAAACGACCAAUCUGCAACUUUUGCGACGGACCAAUAAUUCGUAUCUCUCGCGUGUUUAUUUAUUUCCCUCGAAAGGCCUAAAAAUCGUCGCAACGAAUUCAUUUCACCUUUGUGAAGAAAAAAGAAAAAAAGGAGAGAAGGAAAUAAAAUCGUUACAAAUGGUAACCAAAUAUUAGAGAUAUAUAUAUAUACGCAAAGGAUUCAGUAAAGAAAACCCCGACCCGUUUCUUGUGGAUAAAAUGGUUAACAAAUUGCGCGUCCUCGUACACAAGAAUACUUAUGUAAAUAAAGUAUAAAGUAUAGAGAGAGCUUACGAUUUAGAAUCAACCCGUGACUGAUUUUUCUAAUCAUAUACGUCUCCUUUUACCAUACUUGGUCUUUUGUUUUUCUUUUUUGUUUAACGUUUCGAACAUCUACGCGAUUUUGAAACGUUACUACAUAGAAGCUAGUUUCUGUACAAAAUUUAUUAUCAUGUACAUCUAAUAAACGACCUACAUGAA